GAAAAGGGGAAUUUCGCUCCAUACAUAUAUACUUUCUUCUUGGUCUCAUCUCAUCGUCUUCUUCUUCUUCUUCUCCAAAUUCUUUGAUUUUAAUUGUUAAUUAAUUCCAUAAGUAUGCCUCAGAGACACUCGAAGAACAAUAACGAUUUAGCCUUCUUCACCUAUGAUGAGAAGCGGAAGCUCGGCUACGGAACCCAGAAAGAGAGACUUGGUAAGGAUUCCAUCAAGCCCUUCGAUGUCUGUUGCUUAUGCUUGAAACCCUUCAUUGACCCCAUGUGCUGUCAAAGGGGUCACACCUUUUGUAAACAGUGCAUUCUUGAGUGCCUUUUGGCUCAGAAGAAGGAUAAUCAGAGGAAGCUUGCUGCAUAUACUGCUCAACAAAAGCAAGAGAAGGAAGAAGCAGAAGAGAAGUUAAUGCAGCAAAAAGCUAGAGAACUCGAUGCAUUUGAUCAACAAAACCAUGGUGCUGUACCUCAAUACAACGAUCGAAACCAAAGUCGGGAUAAGAAUGGUUUCCAUGGGGCAAAUAGUGUAAAAGUCACAUCUUACGAAGAAGAAGCACUUCGAACCAUGAAAGCAUUUUGGCUGCCUUCAGCUACACCAGAAGCUCCUGUUAAAGCAGGAGCUCCUUCAAGCAGUACAUUCUGUCCAGAAGGUAAUGAGAAACUUAAGCUAAAGUCCCUUUUUCCUAUACAUUUCACAGAAGACAACAGUGAGCAAAAGAAAUCAAAAUCUUAUGAUGUUUCAUACAUCUGCCCCAGUUGUAAGGUUACUCUAACAAACACGAUGUCUCUUGUGGCCUUAAGUACAUGUGGACAUGUCUUUUGUAAGAAAUGUGCUGAUAAAUUUAUGGCAGUGGAUAAAGUUUGUCUUGUAUGCAAUAAAGGAUGUAAAGUAAGGGAUUUGGUGAACUUGGAGAAAGGAGGUACAGGGUUUGCUGGCCAUGGGGAUUCACUUGAAGCAAGAGACUUCAAGCAUUUAGGAAGUGGUUCUGGUUUGGGGCUUGUGAGGCCUGCUAUGAAGACUUAAGAAUCAUUUAUUUUAUGAAAUUUAAACCACUUGUCUGAUCUA